CAAGUUUCAAAGCGAAAAUAGGCGCCAGGGAAAACUCCGCAUCUUUCGCAAGCCUCGAAUCUCGUUUGAACGCGCGUCAUUGACGUAACACGAGGUCGAGGCUUAAUCACAAAUGCGAUAGCUGGUGAACGAAGCGACUGUGUUGUCGUCGAAUGUCCCAUGUUUUACUUUGUGUGAUCGCGCCGCAGAAAUUCCCCAUCUUGUGUGGGACAUGGGUGAAUGUGGGAUGCAAUCAUCGGGGAUAAAUUUGCUCUGAAAGGGCUCGCGUAAUGGAUGAAUUCAACUUCUCAAACGGAGAUGUCGUGUUGGCCGAAUGGGAAGACAAACUGUUUUACGCGAAAAUUCAGAAAAUUGACCGAGUUUCUGGAAAGUGUAGUCUAAUCUUCGACGAUGAUUCUGUUGAGGAAUGUCCGUUCUCCAAGAUUCACAGUGUGACAGAAACGACGGCAGAAAUUGUAUGUAUUAUUUGCAAAGACGGAACUUCGCUGAGACCAAACGAGAUCGUGUUAUGUGACAAGUGUGGAAUCGGUUACCAUCAGAAGUGUCAUCAUCCUGCUAUUCCAGCAGAAGCUUUAGAGUUCGAUGCGCCGUGGAUGUGCGUGUAUUGUUCAAUCGGUGCAUUUUGUCCAUACCUGGAGAAUCCUUUUGAAACAAAACCCACAAGGAAAGGAGUCAGGAAAACCAGAAUCCACACGCUUAAGUCCGGAGAAUCGUGCGUGAGCUCAGGAAACUCAACAGAAGACGAGAAAGAUUUGCCUGCUAGAGAAAGUAUCAAAGCGAGCGAGGUGGCCUCGCGCGGGAUGUCGAGCUAUUACUUUUCCUCGCACAUGCAUCCACGCGAAGGAGCUAAGGCACGAGGGAGACCAACGUUCGGUCACAAAUCUAAAUCAUCCGGUGUGGAUAAACGCGCGCGAGGCAACAGCAAACCCGCUGCGCGCCCGGGUGUGCGGGAACGUGAUCAGUACUCGGAGAGAAACUCGGAAUUUGACGCAAAUCACCAAAGGAAAAGUUCACAUCAUUACCAGAGACAUGGUAACGACGUUUCCGCCCGACAUUCAGGGCGCUAUGGUUCUCCUGUACGGAAUGUAAGGCUUCUAGAGGAUUCUGAGGGAAGGAAACUCUCACCGGCAAGAGAGCAGGGAAGCAAAAGAUACCAGCAAACCGAGGAGAAUAAAACAGCCAAAGUUAUUUCCUCUCACAGGCGCGAUGCGCCGCGGGAGAAACAAAGACUAACCCAGGACUUGGCGCGACAGAAGAGGUUAUUGAGCGAAGAUAUUGCUCGCGCAGAACUGCUGCAACGUGAGCAGCUCACCAAGAAAUUUGUGGAUAUAUUUGACAACAGGAAAGAAAGUGUUGAAACGGACGGCGAGAAAGCUCCGACAGAAAAUUUUCACGAGCAGAUUUGUAACGAAGGAGAAAAUGACUGCAUGCAUGGGAUGUAUGAACGGUGUUACGGAGACCACUCCCCUGAGUACGAUCAUGACCAAGACAGCGACGAUGUUUGUAAGCUUUCAGGCGAGCGAGAGUCAUUGUUUGAUAGAUUCUUGCGUAGAGGAUCUGUGCAGGAAAUGAAAAGUAUUGAAUUUGUAAACGAGAGUAAAGUUGAAGUGAAAGGAUUGAGGUACAAGAACAACUUGUUGGAAAACUCUUCAUCUGAUGGGCUGCAAUCUGAGGCAGAUACCAUCACCAACUCUGAAGUUAGAAAUGUGCCUGAACUCCAGCCAUUAAAGUUUGAGAACGUCUCCGAUGACGAGCUCGCUUUCAGUGAUGCUGAUAACGAAGAACCUCUUAUGGAAAACAGGAAGGUUUCUACCAAUGGACUCAAAGCAAAUGGCGGAAGUCCAACGUUUGCAAAGAACACGAGCCCGGUCGAAAAUGGAUUAGAUUCAACAUCUGACAUGAAAUGCAACGGCUUAGAGGAAAAUUGCGAUUCGGUAGAUUCGCCAUUGAAAACUGAAUUGAUUAACAAUCUUGGCUACACGCCAUGUGAAUGCUUAAGCGAAGGAGGAACUUCGAACUGUGAUGACAAAGCUAUCGAUGGCAGCUUUGCAUGUGACAACAUGGAAUGUCUACAGCCUGACGACCCAGAUCACAGCAGUAUCAAAAGUUCAAAACUUGCCCGCCUUAUGGAAGAACCCGACAUGCAAUGCGAGCAUUCCACCAAAAAUGUUCACGAAUGUGAGGCAAGCGAAACUCUUGAAGUUUCCUCCUCUGGCGUUUACAACGAAAAUGACAAUGAAAAUGACAUUAAAAAUGGGGACACUGAUGCAGGGACUGGUCGCGUAACAUCAUCUGAAAUAAAUACUGCAAAAUUGACAGAUUCAAGUGAAAGAGGAUGGUUAGACAACGAGCUUAAGCACGAAGAAUUAGCUCACAACGGGGAAACUUCUGAUCAGCAAACUAUACACGAAAACGCUGAAGUCAUGGAAAUAGAAAGCUCUGGAAAACAAGAAAAAGGAACGGACCAGAACGAAUCGUUAAGUGCCGAACAAAACUCAGAGAAUGUUACCAACGAAUCUGAACUUUCAAACGUGGAGGGUAUGUCGGAUGCGGGUGAGCUCAGUGAAUCAGAAAGUCUAACACCACCGGCUCGUGGGAAAAUAAAGAAAAAGAAGCGAAAGAAAUCAAAAACUAACAAGAACGUUCAUAAGUUAGUUUUUCACAACCCACGCCGAAAAUCCAAAGGAGGGAAAGCUCGUUCUAUUGUGAAGGACGCGUCUACGAGUAAAAGCGCCAAACAGGUUGAUUCAGAAAGCGACGACGAUGCGUCACAGACUAAAAGUAGAGACGCAUGCCAAAUAACAGUGCAAGCGGAGGAAAGUAAAGAGCUUUUAAAAGAGACUCCCAACAUGGAUGAUGGUUUAAUGACCUCAGGAGGGUCCCCAACCCAACCCUCUCUGGACAAAGAGACCGAGUCGGCCAGCUUCAAAGAAAGUUCUCUGGAGGAAGGAAAUGAUGAUAACAGAGGGUGCACUGAUAGGCGAUCGCCAUCGCCAAAUGAAGAACGCCUCAGCGCAGACGCUUCCGAGGAAGUUGCUGCCAUGGGGACUGCUGGCUCAGAUAAUUGCGAUAGCGCUCAUGAAGCCAACGCCCUCUCAGACUCAGCGAGAAGUUUAGUGGAGGAAAGUGGAAGGAAAGACAUAGGAAGGAAGGAAAAACGAAUCGGAAAAACCAAAAGAAAAAGUGACGAAAAGGAGAAAGAUAGAGAAAGAUCUACUCCUCCUCAUCUUAUCAGUCAAAACCGAUACGCACGUGAUCUACCGAGACAUAACUGGCUUGUGGAGCGGCUACUGCAACAGAACAAACUGUGCGCUGAGGAUACUGUGCAGCCUGCAAAGGAUUCAAAAGAGGAACAAGGCAACGAAGAUAACCAAAUCGUCAGGGAAAACGAGCUCUCUCCUUCUGGCGAAUUGGAAAACCCUGUAGAUAAAGACAUCGCAAGAACAUCACCGGUUCAGUUAUCGCCCGAAAAUCCCGAAAAACCUGAAAGCCGAAGCGCGUUUUCUCCCAAACAACUCAGUGAUCACGAAGAUUCCGCAACUUCUCCGAAGGACGACUUUCAAAAUGAACUUCGUCAGAGUUUCUUGCGAAGAAAGUUUCCACCAAAUGUCCCUAAAACGUUGCCUCGACUAAAACCAUCCUCACCUGAAUCCACUGGCGGAAACGAAAGUGGUUUUAAACCAACGGAUAACAAGCCCCCUCCCCCUCCGUUGAAACACGCCUUACCGUCAAAGGACGCUCCUGGUUUGGAACCUUUGCCAAAGCUAAGAAAGAUUGUACCUGAAAAAGAAAUUUUCCACGAAACGCACCAGGAUAAAGAGGAAUUAACCUCAGGGACCCCAAGGAGUAGCGAACCAGCUUCGACUGAAACAGAACAAACGCGUAAGAUUAUCAGCCCCAUUGAGAUUCUCGACGAUGAUGAUGAGAAAAAGAAGCGUGGACUGGAAGAAACGCUAAGCGUUAAUCACACCUCAAAAUCAAGCUAUGAGCAUUCCAACACCAAACAUACCGAUUCAAGCCAUAAGGAAGGACACAAAUCACCUCCAAAAUCAUUAAGUAGUUCUCCUCCCGAUAAAGCUGUGCCUUACUCUUCGAUAAAGAAGCCUUUUGGCGCUGUGACUCCUACUAUUCCUGGAAGUAUGAAAGACAAGUUCGGCCGUCCCAUGCCACCCCAUCGCGCCGCCAUUUUGAUUCCUGUUGUCCCGAUGCAUGAUGGGAAUGGAAUGCCUAUUUCACCAGGUCUCGGUCCAACCUCACCCCAUUUGAAGAGCUACUCACCUAGAACGUUCACACCGCAUCUUCUUACUCAUAGCGGUGCUAUACCUGGACCUGGAAUGUUUGGCGGUCCUUUGCCACAGGCAGGUCGAUACCCAGCAACCAACUGUGGACACCACAUGCACGGUAACAUGAAAUCAGGAGUACCUUGUAAGAGGGACGUGAACUGCCCUUUCCAUGGCAACAACCCCAGAGGUAUACACUCGGGAAUUUUGGAUAUUCCUGGUCAUCAUGGCGCAAUGCACGCCUUUGGCCCACACAGCCACGACCAUUUGUCUGCAGUUAUGUCACGCGAUCGUCGUGAGUGUGACAAAAGCCAAUGCCGGCAACCAGAAUGUCAGGCGUACCAGCCGGAUAAGCAGUCUCCACCUGACAGAGAUCCUCUAGGGGAUAAAGCAGCCCUCCAGACACCAAAAGUUGUGAAGCCCAUCGCGCAUGUCCCAGGAAAGCGCCCUCCAUUGAUGCUGUCCCAUCUUCAGCAGAUUGGGAAGCAUUCCCCUGCAACUCUGAGAGAACUUGAAGCUUUACACGACGAUAAAGUCCGCCGCUUUGGAAGCAAUCACUUGCUUUCUCCCCAUCAACUUCAGAAGUCACCCGAAAGAUCACCCAGGGAACGCGUGGCACCCCACAUGAGUUCGCUGUACGAGCGGAGACCCCUUCACCAGCCUCUCACUUUGUCUGAUCUAAAUCGCCGAAGAGAAGAAGAAAUGUUGCGGAUAAAGAUUGACGAAGGCGUUAAAGCACAUCCAGGGGAACUAGUUGUAUCCAGCCUCACUUCUCCUUCCCGCGGACCGGCCAAGUUUUCAACCCCACCGCAUUCAAAGGAUUCUAACUUAAUCUCCCCCGGGCGGGGACCCAGCUCGACGUCUAUUUCACCAGUAGACAAAAGGGAUCAGGCCAUUUCAUUGAGACGUCUGGUAGACGAAAGAAAGCCCGGCUCCAUCAUGAGUGAAUUUAUCAAGCCUGGGCCUCCACGUCUUCGACCUUUAGAUGAAGCAGAUGUAAGACUGUCCUCAGACAGGCAGAGGCGUGAGGAACUGAGCAGAGGCCAUUCGUCGCCAUUGUUAAGGAUGCAUUCAGCCAAGGAUGCAAGCCCUCGAGAUGUAGAAAUCUUAGAACACGCUGGUCGUCUGGAGAGAGAGCGAAAUGCUGAUUCUUCGCACGGCAAUUCUAGUAUCACAAACCCAGGUCUUCGACUGUUGGAUGAAAAAGUGAGACAAACUGGUAAUAAAGAAGAACGUACUAGAGAAGGACUCAGUCCCGAAAUGGAACACAGGCUCCGCUUAGAACAAUCAGGAGAGCUCAAGGCAAGAGGUUCAAAUUUAGAGCUGUUUCAACUUAAAGAAAAAGACCCAAGAAUGGAUUUGAGAGACAAAGAAGGCACCAGGAUACCAGUCUCCGAACGAGAGCGCCCUGAAGAUCUCUUACUACUCCGUGCUGGAGAUAGUGGAAAGAGGUCAAGAAUGCCGUUCAAUAUCUCGCCUCCUCUCCGUCAGAAAGCUUAUCCAGACAGACCAUUUCCGAUGUCGUCUUCCCUCCAAGGAAGGGUGGAUCCCAGAGUGGAUCCCAGGAUGGCGGCUCUGCACGAGUUAGAGAUGCACAGGCGUAGUGAAGCGGUCAGAGGGUCGGAACCUUCCCAUCGCGAGCUUCUCAGUCGGAUGGCUUCAUCCUUGCCUAUGGGUAAGGGCGGAUCCCAGGGUGCAAAGUCUGUUUUUGUCCGACCAGAUGGUUCGUUGGAACGACGGGGGCCCGACUCCAUCCGAGUGCCCUCCGAUAUUCACAUGUAUUCCCCACCCAGUUCCUUAGCUUCUCGGGAGUAUGGUCUGGUGAUGAACUCACGUCAAGCCAUGGAACGUCUGGCUGCCGCUGCUGGGAAACCUGCAGGUCUGUUAGCAGAGGUUGGUAAGGAUGUGCCACCUCACAUCAGACAGGACAUUGAACGUGAGAGAGAGAGGGAACGGCAACGACUGAGUCUGGAGCAAAUCGAAGCCAAUAGAAGACUUCUUCAUGCAGAGCUCAAAGACAAAGUUAACCCUCUUGUAUUCAGUAAAGAACAUCAACUUAGAAUGGAACAAAAGCGAGAUCACCUGGACGCAAUGAGAGCGCGGGACAAACGAAUCACCGAUCGCGAACGCCUUCUCUUCAUGGAGAGAAUCGCGGAGGAGAGAAAGCGAAGAUUCAGUGAAAUAGAUUGUCAAGGUGGAAUUAUCAUGCGGCAUCCUUCUCCUCCACAUUUCAGUCACGUAUCGGAUCGAGAGGAGUACGAAAGAGCGAAAAGACUUAAACUCAUGGAGCGUUCAAUUUCUCCGUCCGCUCAGCACUCCAAGCACUUGAGCCCCAGUGCGAAUGCGCUCAAUCUUGAAAGGAAAGACCGACCUCAGAUCACGAGUCCCAAAAACCAUAUAAUGAACUCUUCGCAAGUAAGAGACAAACUGGGUGAAGCUGGUGACGUCAGAGUCAACCGUCCUCUGGAAAACGAACAUUUAAGAAAAGCAGCAAACAGUGUGAUGUUUGAACGGGAUUCUCCGUGGCAUCGUAAUCGCGACCAAGCAAUGAGACCCAAUCAAGCAGUUAUUGAUCGCAAAAGAGCUGAAGCGCACAUGAGUGCUCCCUUACAAGGGCUCAUUGCCUCCAAGGGAGGUCCCCUUACAUCUCAACGAGAGGAAAGUAAAGGUACCGGGAAGGCGGAACACGAUGGAGUCAACCGCUGCUCAGUGUGCAAACGUGAAGCCUCGUUCCUGUGUUCUGGCUGUCAAGCGGCCUGGUACUGCAGCUCCGAGUGUCAGCUCUCCGCGUGGGGAACUCACAACAGGGAAUGUAACCAAAAUAAGCGUUCUUAGUUCACUUCAAGUUCCAUAUCUCUUCACCGCAUCUCCUCUGCGCGACUCAACACAGGGUAUUUUUUUUUUGGACAUUUCUGCGACGGACAGUUCAACUGAUCGUUUAAUGUAUUUACUGCACCUUGUUAUUCUGGAAAAAAAUGAAUGUGUGAGCAAAAAAAAUUGGCUGAAACAAUAGUUGGUUUACAUACACUAAGGAAUUAUGUAAGUUGAAGGGUUAUGGUAACAAGUCAUAGCUUUUGAACAGGCUCCCACUUUUAGUGCGUCGGCACGAGUUUUUUCGCCUGCGGUAAAGUAGAAGGCCUGGGCAGCACCAGUCGGCGAGAGGUCUGAAGGGGUCCAACAGUGAUUUAAAUAGUGCCAGACUCUCGGUAAACCUCUCCUCGACUCGUCUCAAAUCUUCCUGCGGGCGGAAAAACACGCUUUCUUUAGCGCUGAUAACGAGAGCAUGCUCGCAAGCUAAAGGCGUCGUAAAAUAAAGUAUUUUAAACAGAGUUUCGGAGACGGUACAAUGAAACAAUGCCUUUGGAAAAUAAGUUUACAUGAGUAUCAAAUUACUUAAAAUACAAUUUAGGCUUAGUAUUUUUGCAAAUCACAAACCCACUAUCUCCGGUAGUUAGGGCUUUUGAAUUUUUCUGAUUUACGUUGAGAGAAUAACGUAUAAACCGUACUCCAAACAUAGAUUUCUAAUCUUAAAUGCGGUUUCCUUUAGUAAGGCAUUGUUGUACUCAUUCAUUCAUUCUUCAAAGCCCAUGUUUUGUAUAUAGCUUUUUAUGAAUGUAAAAGAAAGGAAUUUGGGUCUCCCCCAAGAUGGCGACCACGAGUUAACGUCGGAGAUGUUAACUUGAGGAAAACUUAAUGAAAUUUUUUCACACGAAAUUCACGAGGAGCGAGAUUUUGUUAGAUUUUAUUUAUCUGAAAAAUAGGAGAAAGUAACCCUACGUUGAAAAUGAAGAAGGCAUUGCAAUUUGUCCAAAAGUGUGAUCGGCAACUUCACCUCAUUUCAUCUUUCGCGGAUUGUGAUAUCAGUCAUGUAAACGAAGUACGUAUUACUAUGCUUGGAAAUUAGCUCCGCAAUCUCUUUCGCAGACAUUUAUUGCUAUCACGCAAUGUGUCACGCAACUUGGAAGAACUUUUGCAUGACAAAGCAAGAAUUGUCCGCGUAAGAGACUAAGUAUCAUUAGAAAUUCGUCGUAGUAAGGGCUGCUCCCCCGGCGUUUUGAAUAUUGGUGUAAACUAAGAUAUAAAAUGAAUUUCAAAUCUCUAAUUUAAUUUAUGUCAGACAUCUAUUUAUGUAUGUAAAUCUUAAAUUAUGUUGGAUUAGAAGUGUAGAAUUUUUAGUAAAAUGUAUUUAUUUGUGGAUACAAAUCUGUGUCCGUGGAGAUUGUAUAAAGAAAAAAGAUAAAUGUCGUUUUAACAAAUAAAAUGCUUUGCAUUUAAAGCAUCCUU